CAAUGGAUACAAUUAUUCAAUAUGACAAAUCUGAAUUUCAUGAAACAUCAUCAGGGAUUAAAAUAUCUAAGAAAUCCAUAAUCAAAGGCACUGAAUAAAUUAAUGUAAGUGGUAGAUGCAUCUUUUUUAAUGAUGUUAUAUUGAGAGGGGAUCUUGCCAAAGUAUCAAUAGGCAAAUAUUUGGUUGUCCAUGAAAAAGUUACACUAAAACCUUCUUAUACAUAUGGUUACACCAAAGAAUCACCUACUAAAAAGAUCAUUAAAUUCCUUCCUUUGAUGAUAAGUGAUUAUGUAGAAAUUGAGUCAAGUUCAAUUAUAUAAGCAACCAAGAUUGGUACUUGUACAUCAAUUGGAAAAAAUUGUUAUAUUGUAAUUUUCAAUUUGUAUUAUGCAUAGUCACAUAGAUGUAUAAUUGGAGAAAACUCUAUAAUUCUUGAUGAUUCCAUAUUACCACCUGAUACAGUUGUACCAGCUAAUAGUGUAUAUGGAGGAAGACCAGCAGUCUAUAUAGCAGAAACACCAGAAUCAACUCCUAUCAUUCAAAAACAAAAAUUGAUUAAUUUUUAUAAAAACUUUGUGCCUAAGAGUUGA